GGGUCACUCGUGUGCUGCGGGUUUCUGCUGAGCUUGGCAUCGGCCCUGAUUGGCGUUGCUGCAGCCGAAGAUGCGCGUGCGCUAUCGCCACAGGACCUGGACGCUCUAGAGAAUGUGUGCGACCUGAAGACCUUGUCAAACACCAUGUACUGCUACUGCGACUUCCUGCAGCAGAACCAGGCAGAGAUCGGCAACUGCUGGAUCUACGACGACACUCACCGCAACGACACUCUGUGGGACACGUUCCACCACCAGGUGAACCUCCGCCGCCUCACCAUCAACCUGCGAGGCGACGGCAGCCUCACCUACGUGCCCAGGCGAGUGCUGUCUUAUACCAAGCAGCUGUGGUUGCUUGAGCUAAAGAACGCCGCCAUCAGGAGACUCCGGGGCGACGCCUUCGCCAGCUCCAGCAGCUUGGCGGAGCUGGUGCUGACCAGUAACGCCAUCGAACACCUGGGCAAACACGCAUUCAGCAACCUAUCCAAUCUGACCCGGCUCAACCUCGGCAAGAACAAGCUCAAGGAGCUUGGCCGGCACGUGUUCAAGAACCUCCCCAAGCUGAAGCAGCUGUAUCUGGACCGUAACAGUUUGUCUAAGAUCAGAAACAACGCUUUCGGUGGCUUGGGCCGGCUAAAGGAGCUGGAACUAUUCGACAAUAGCCUGGAGCAAGUCUCGCACGGUACGUUCAAGGGUCUGCGAGAGCUGGAAAGAUUGGACCUGCAUCGCAACUUGCUGGAGUCUAUUGAGGACGACACGUUCGCCACGCUGUCGAAGCUGAAGGACUUGGACCUGCAAGAAAAUCGCAUCAAGUACAUCAGUGAAAAGGGUCUUGUCGGUUUGAGGAAUUUGAUGAGGUUGAAUCUUUAUGAUAAUAAGCUGCUCAAUAUCCUUCCGGGAACAUUUCAAGAUGCUACUGGUGUUUUCUAUUUGGACAUUCAGCAAAAUGUGCUGGAUACCAUGGAAGAAACCUCGUUCUCACCUAUCUUGGACAACAUGAAGAACAUCACCAUGUACCUUUUCGUGCAAGACAACAACCUGCACUGUGACUGUCGCCUGGCCUGGCUGCUGCGGCUGCGCGUGCAGACGGCCUCGGCGCACGUGCAGGCCGCCCUGGACAGCACGGUCUGCUACAUGGAUGGCGGCACGGUGCCGCCCCGGCUGGAGGCGCCGCCCACGCCCGACCCGGCGCUCGAGACGAGUACCCUCGGUAUCGGGCCGCCUGUCCGACUCAUGGACCUCAAGGUGCACGAGCUACCCUGUGACCGACCUCUUGCUGAGGAGCCGGCUCUCGAGCACCGCGGGCUGGAGCUGGAGCCGGAUCCGGAGCCGGAGCCACAUCCGAAGCCGGAGCCGGAGGAGCGGCGGCGGGGAUCCGAGAACUCGGCGGCGCGGCCCGCCCCGGUGGACACGACGCCGCCGGCCGGCUCGGCUGUCGUGCGGGACAGCGUGACCGCAAGCAGGGGCAGCGGCGCCAGCUCCGCCGCCCCCGGCCGGCGCUGGCUGCUGGCGGUGGCGGCUUCUCCUGACGCACGGUGUGGCGUUUGUGGCGUGCGUUUGACGCUGCCGGCGCGGAGACGAAACUGACGCAGGCGGCGGCGGUCGUAACACCGACUGGGCGUGAGUGAGCACAGCUGGACUGAGCCCCGGCACCAGCCAAAAUAGCGAGUGGAAGCGUCGUGGUGCCCGGCGAGUGUCUGCCCCCGCGUGCUCAGAAACUGUCGGACCGCAAUACGACCCACCGCAGUCCUGCGUCAACCGACUGACACCGAUGAACCUCAGUCAUAUUUCGCUGUCGCGUCUGUGACCCGCGUUUCGCGCCGGCCCUGGCGCCCGGUCCACCGCCCCGGCCUGAUGGUGUAUGGCUCGGUGGAGCUGUGGCCGCCGGCGACGCUCGUUUGUCUCGCUUCGUCGCGCUCGCUGGCGCCCGUCUAGGCGGCCCGAGCCGUCCGGGUGCCAGCGCCGGUCUGGCGUGGGCGCGCGCCCCGGCGACCACGCCGUAAGUGGCGGCGUGAGCGUGACGGCUUGCGGGCGUGCCUCGUAGCCAUCGGGACGGCUGCUGUUCAUCCGUCUUGCAAGUGCAGCCGUCGGACCCACGGGCGUCGCCAGGGCUGCGCGACUGGGGUAGCCGAUGAUCCGGGGAGUCAAAGUGGCGCUCUGGGGGUUCCAAGCAGAUCGACUGGGGGCAGCCGAUGACCCGGGGAGUCCAACAGAUCGGUUUGGGUGAUGAAACCGUCGGAACAGUACGAUCAUCGUCUACCGCCAGGGCGGCGGUGGCAUGGAAGGUUCCAGAGGGUGACGUGGUCCAAGACUCCCAUCAGCAACACCCCUGGUUUAACCCCCGCUCAGUGGGUCCUGUGUAAAGCUCUAUUCAUUGCAUGGGAAGAAACGAUAGCAUUGCAGAACGGCGCUGGAUGAGCAACAAACUUUCGGACCAUCCGCCAUGUUCAGUGUAUGAUUCGUGAGCGAGUGAAUGGACACGCGUUUUCAUUGCGCGGAAAACCUCAUUAGCUUCACUGCCCACUUUGUUUCAAUUCCUAGCGUAUGCGGAGAUCCUCGUGGCUUGGCCAUCAACAACGGGGAUCCGCCCUCGCCGAAAUGCGUCCCCGCUCAGUCCGCCGUCUGCUGCGAGAUCCGGCGAUCGUUCGGGGCCGCUCGCCGCCCCCCGCACCCGGCCGGGGUGUGGGGGCCGCUCGCCGCCCCCCGCGCCCAGCCGGGGUGUGCACGUGAUGGCGUCAGAGGACGCGCGACCGCCGCGGCCGAUCCGUCACCGGCGUCAUUGGCACGCAGAUUAGCCCCCAU